AUGAGGGGCUCCACGGCUCUCAUGGCGGCGCUGCUGCUGCUGGUGUCGCUGGCGGCGGCCGACAUCCCCAUACCGCACAGGGAAAAGAGCGAGGAGGAGAUGAGGCUGAUUUUCGUGGAGUGGAAGGCUAAGAUGGGGAAGACCUACAGCUCUGCCGGCGAGGAGGAGCGCCGUUACGCGACGUUCAAGGACUCGCUGCGCCGAAUCGACCAGCAUAACGCCGCCGGGAUCCACUCGUACCGCCUGGGGCUCAACAAUUUCUCCGAUCUCACCCAGGAGGAGUUCAGCGCUACCCCCUGCCUAGUUAUUCAGUCAGUUCACGACAAGGACAAGGCAGCGUGGAGGUUGAUUAUAUACAUGCUGUUUGUUUGUGGUUUCCUCAUUGUUUACUUCAUUUGGACCAACUGGCUGGCCUGUGGGUGGGGAAGACUCUUUGUGCUUCAACGUAAGUCCUUGCUGAACUAGAUUUUUAUUGUGAUA